AUGUCGACCUCCGGUGCCCAGCAGAUUCGCUUUCGAUGCGCGAUCGCCGUCGUUGGCUCUGAGGACAACUUCCAGGUGUUCACCCAGGACACCUUCGGACGCAUCCGCGAAACCCGGUGCCGUGAUGGCAAGUGGUCCGGUGGCACCGAGCAUGACUUGGUUCGGCAGGGGAUUCUCGGAUCCCCCAUUGCAGCAAUCUCCUGUCCCCGGGAGGGUGGCAGCGACGUUUCAUCCUCGGAGGACACUACGUCCACCCAGGUCCACCUUUAUUAUAUUGGCGAGAACAAUGUUGUGAAGGAGGUCAUUCGCGACAAGGACGGAAAGUGGCACGAGGGAAACCUCAACCGCCAGGAGAUUAAGGUUGCCCCUUACUCAAUGAUGGCCGCUUGCUGCCACCGCGGCAGGGAUCGGACUCACUGCCGCCUCUAUGUGCAGAUGCCCGACAAUAACAUCCAGGAGUUUGGCUGCGAUGAUGAGAGAAGCGGCUGGUCCCAGAUGACCAAGCUGGGCCGUGCCCUCCCCGGUACCGGACUGGCCUGCCUGAGCCACAGCUCGGAAUCGCACAACAACUCGAUGAGCAUCAGGGUGUUCCACCAGUCCGAGGAUCUCAGCCUCAAGGAGAAGUUCUACGAUGGCAGGAACUGGCGCGAGGGCGACUUCUCGAUCUCCAAGGCGCUUCCACGCACCGACCUUGCGGCCACCGCUCUCGACAAUGACAGUUUCCGCGUGUAUUUCAUCCACGAGAACAACCACGUCGUGGAGAUGGUUCACGAAGGCCGGAAAUGGCAGCGCGGUGACUUCCAUCAGCAGUGCGUGCCGGGAAGCCAGAUCGCUGCCCUCGCUUCAAACGGCAAGGACCGGAAGAUCCGUCUCUACUUCCAGAGUGGCAAGCAUGUUACUGCUGUCACUGAGUGGAUGUAUCAUCGCGAGUGGAAGGAGACCAAGGAGGCUCUUCCCCCAGCGUAG